AAACGGGGAAAAUUCAAUUUUAUUUAAUUUCAAAAACUUCCCAGAGUGUAAAAAGCCAAAAAACGGAAGUCUAAAUUCAGGGGCAGCAUUCCCUCUCGCUCCCUCCCUCCCCCCUCUCGCUCGCACAUCGUCCACUACAUUAGUACAUGUCGCAUGUUCGAAUAUGUUAUAGUUAUUUGCAAUACAAGCUGAUUUAGCAGACGAAGAAAAUGCGUUUUUUCUCCUUUUUUCAGAAUAAAAAAAAUGCAAUUUUAUCGUAAAAAAAACUUGGUGUAAAAUGAUUUUAAGUUAAAAGUUGCUUCCUGGUGAAAGUCUCUGUGUUUUUUUCUAUAUGUUCGUACCCGCGGGUGUCGCGGGAUGGCCGUGAAUGAGGAGCCUCGGCGGAUGUUUGAAGUCUUCCUGCAGCGGAAGCUCAAUGUCCUCCAUGGAGCUGUGCUGGGUAGUGGUAAGGUGACAGAGCAGGAACUUCUUGAGGCAUACCGCCAGUACCAGGAUGACGGGGAGAUUCGUGUUCCGGCGCCAGACACGACGGAGCGCAACAAUCAACGUCUCAUCUUUGGCAGUGCCAUCCUCCUCUUUAUUCUCGUAGCUACCCCACUGAUUAGCAUUGUUCUCGAGCAAGCAAUCGCUACGAGGUGUCUCGUGCCCAAUAACUACCUUGUCUGGGAAGCCACACGUCCCAUCUCCGAUUGUGACUUCUGUCGUGGCAUCCAUGGCCCCCUGAUAUUUGGGAAUCUCACCAAGGAGGAAUUCCGACCGUAUGCGUACUCGUCACAGCCGAUAAUCCUCAAGAAUGCCAUCUCACACUGGCCAGCUACGAAAUUGCUCAACUACACCUUCCUCCGGGAUCUCUAUGGCAAAAUUCCAGGUGCCCUCGACAGUGUCCAGAGUGAUUGUCAAUUCUUGCACUUUAAAUCCAACUUUCUCACCCUCCGUGACGUCUUCUCCAUGUCCCAAAGUCGUGCUGAAUUCCGCAAAGGGGAGCUGCCGUGGUACGUUGGAUGGAGUAACUGUCAUCCUCAGAUUCUCACGGAACUACGGAAGCUCUACCCACGACCCCACUUCCUACCCGACGACGCUGAGAUGCCCAAUACGGAUUUUAUUUUCUUAGGCUACGAACAGGGUGCUGUGAUGCACCUGGACUACAUCCCACGCCUCAUGUGGCAAGCCCAGCUUCGUGGCAACAAGAGUUGGGUACUUGCUCCCACACCCGAAUGUGAUUCCCAAUGCAAAAGCUUCACAUUCUACGUCGAACCCGGAGAUGCUGUGCUCGUGGAUACACGGCUGUGGUACCAUGGAACGUACGUGCCCAAAGGAGAAUUUUCUCUGACAAUUCAGUCAGAGUACGGCUAAGAAGAAUCUUCCAAAUAUCCCCCCACGUUAAGAGAAUUCAUACUCCCUUCGCCUGAAAAAAAAAGGAUAAAUUGUGCCAUUGAUAGACGUAGUCAGAUUCCUGGUGGAGUGUCCUUCUAAUCCACGCCCCCAAGAAAAGAAAAACCCAAAGAGAUUAAAAGCCAUUGACAUGGAGGAAGAGGAUAUAACCAGGAUAACUCCAAAGUGUAGACAGAAAAUGUGUCCAAAUUGUACAUUUAACCAUCCCCGUUAACUUUUUAAUUUAAUUUAAUUUUUGGCUAGUCAUAGUAACUAACUCAAUUCGACUAUGAUCAUGUCCUUUUUAAUGUAUACCGGCAAGAUCAAUAAAAUGCAAUAAAUUAAUUCAAAAACUAAAA